GUUGCACUUCUUUAAAGAAAUAUUCGCUUCUCAAAAUCGUUUCCAUGGAAAUCAAACUUUGGGCCGCGGGAUUGAACUGAACCAUGGCACCGUCCGUGGAGCGCAGAAAGUUGAGACGAGCCUUAUCAGCUGUUGCUCAAAUGUAUCCAGCGAUGCAUUUGCUAUCUGCCACAUUUGUCGAGUCGCUUGGUGUGAGCGGGGGAAUAAAAGACGAGCAGGACAUGCGAGCAGUCUGACUGCCACUCCAGGCUUAGUGAGAUUUACGCGCAGAGGAUUCUCGCCAAAGCCAAGAUCAGAACAUCCAGUCAUGGAUGGGGUAAAGGUGUAUGUCGUCUUUGGGGGCAUCCUGGUGGUGCUGGUUUCAGUUACUUCCGGACUGUCUCCACCUACCAUUGUGUCCAACGAAGAAGACUUCAUCCUGCAGCCAAACUCCAUAUUCAACAUCAGCUGCACCGCUAAAAGAAACGUGGUCUGGGUUGAACCUCUGCCGAAAAACGCCUACGUUUAUCCAGGAUACCUCACGGCAACACUUUUUAUUGACAACGCAACUGUGGAAAACACCGGCUACUACAUGUGCACCUAUGAAACCCCGGAGGAUGACCUGGGGGCUGAACCGGAAGAAGACAAUGAGGCGGGAAUAUAUGUGUUCGUCCCAGAUCCCCAGGUUCCUUUUGUCCCAGAGACCCCUGAAAACUUGGUGGUCCCCAUGGACACUGCUGGGGUCCCCAUCCCCUGCCGUGUGUCUGACCCUAACUCUCACGUCAUCCUGAGGAGUGUCCCCAGUGGACAGGUGAUGUCCGCCUAUUACGACACCAAGAUGGGUUUCUUUGGAAGCCUCUCGCCCGGGAAGUACCAGUGUGAAACCACUGUGAACGGCCAGACUGUCAGAAGUGCCGUUUAUACUGUGGAGAGCCAAACCCCUGCGGAGAUGGAGGAUUUCAACGUGGAAGUAAAGGCCAGUGGGGAGGUGCUGAGAGCGGGGCAGCCUUUUAACAUCACGUGUGUCGCUCCUGCUGGACUGGGCUUUCAGCAGCAGUGGCUCCAUCCUAAAAAACAGGCUGUGGAUGCAGUUCAGAUGAAACAGACUUUCCCUGACCGGGUCAUGUACACCCUCAGUAUCCCACAAGCCACCACUCAGGACAGCGGCACCUAUGAGUGCUCCAUCACCCAUGAAAUCAGCGGAGAGGUCAGAGUCAGCAGCGUGGCCGUCACUGUCUUCGACGACAAUUCCUUUGUGGCACUGGACCACAGCGGGAUUCUAGCUACGGAGUUUGUCAGCCUGCUAAAGGAGACAGAGUUUAUGAUCCUCAUUGAUGCCUACCCGGCCCCCAAAGUGACGUGGCUGAAGGACGGUAAAGCCAUGCCACAGACCUACUACAUCUUCACCAAAACUAGCCACCUUGGAGGGAAUCGGUAUCAAAGCAUUCUGACACUACGGCAGCCUCUGGCGAAACACAACGGGAACUAUACCAUCACAGCCCUCAGUGGCUCUCGCACUGCUCAGUUCUCUUUUACCAUCAAAGUGAAAGCCCCUACCGCAAUGAUGUUCCCACCAUCCUCAGCCCCUCAACUGCUGCCUCAGGUAGAGGAGAUGGUGGUGCCUCUCCACACUCCUUUCACCUUGACCUGUCGGGGAGAGGCAAAGCUAGUCUGGGACACUCCGCUCGAUGUGCACGAGCAGUCACUGGAGGACAACAGUGGCUUGUUUGUCACUACUGUCAUUGUGGAAGAAGCCACUGCAAUGCACACCGGCUACUACACAUGCCUCUACAGCAACAAUACUAUCAAUGAUACGGAGGGCAGCAGCAUCUAUAUCUAUGUGCCAGAUGCAGAUGUUCCCUUUCUGCCUUCGCCGCUGUUUUUUGGCAACCAUGUCCUGUCCGGCCAAAAGGAGAUGGAGAUCCAGUGUCGAGUGUCUGAUCCCAGUGCUAACGUGACCCUGAUUAACGUCGACACCCAGCAGCCUGUGCCUAAUGUUUAUGACAGCAAGAGGGGCGCUUUGGGGGUAUUCCCUGCUGGAACCUAUAUCUGUAUAGCCCUUAUAAAUGGAGUGGAGCACUACAGCGGAGAAUACAUCGUCCACGGCUGGACAGGUGGCGGUGCGCUGCAGGUGGAGCUGAAGGCCAAACGGACUGCUCUGCUGGUAGGAGACACCAUCACAGUCUACUGUGUAGCUCGGGGAUCUGAGAUACUGGAAGACCACUGGAAAUACCCUGGCAAACUGAGUAAUCGUGCUUUUAAAACAGUGCAUGACAACAAGCGGGAUCGGGAGAUCCUCUACACCCUCACAAUUCCACAGGCCUCAACCAAAGACAGCGGCAUCUACUCUUGCUCCAUCACUGACAUUAUUAGCGAAGAGCAUCAAACAAAGCAGCUAGCUAUCGAAGUUUUUGCAAGUGAGUUUAUGUCCGUGUGGCCAGAGUUCGGAGAAUAUGAAUCGGCAGAGCUGGAUGAGGUCCGUGAGUUCAGGGCUGAAAUUGAAUCCUUCCCCAGUGCUCAUGUCACUUGGCUCAAAGAUGGCAUCCCACUCAGCGAUGUGACAGCAGAGAUCUCCACCAGCCUCCGGCAGCUCACCGAGACCAGGUACAUGAGUGUUCUUACCCUGAUCCGAGCAAAGGAGGAGGACAGCGGGAACUACACCAUGCGAGUGGAGAAUGGAGACCAAAGACGUGAUGUUGGAUUAAUCCUGGAGGUGAAAGUGCCUGCAGUCAUUGUGGACCUGAUGGACAUCCACCAUGGCUCGGCCACAGGCCAGUCUGUGGUCUGCAUUACAAGAGGGCAGCCCACUCCGAUAGUGGAGUGGUUCGUCUGCAAGAACAUCAAACAUUGUGCCAAUGACUCGUCUUCCUGGGUGCUCCUCCCCGCCAACUCCACGGAGAUCACAAUGGACUCGCACAUUGACGAGGAUAGUAACUUGGAGAGCCAAGUCAUGUUCGGGCAUCUGGAAAGCACACUGGCAGUGCGCUGCCUGGCCAAGAACGAAAUGGCCACCGUCAGCAGGGAGGUCAAACUGGUGUCCAAUGGCCCUCACCCAGAGCUGACUGUAGCUGCUGCUGUGCUGGUGCUCCUGGUCAUUGUCAUCAUCUCACUCAUUGUCUUGGUUGUUAUCUGGAAGCAGAAACCACGGUAUGAGAUCCGCUGGAGGGUCAUAGAGUCUGUGAGCCCAGAUGGCCAUGAGUACAUCUAUGUGGAUCCCAUGCAGCUUCCCUACGACUCCAGAUGGGAGUUUCCCCGUGACAGACUUGUGCUCGGCCGUAUCCUGGGCUCUGGAGCCUUUGGAAAGGUUGUAGAGGGCACCGCCUACGGACUCAGCCGCUCCCAACCUGUCAUGAAGGUGGCAGUGAAGAUGCUGAAACCUACAGCACGCUCCAGUGAGAAACAGGCCCUGAUGUCUGAACUGAAGAUCAUGACUCAUCUUGGACCGCAUCUCAACAUUGUUAACCUCCUGGGAGCCUGCACCAAAUCAGGCCCUAUCUACAUAAUCACUGAGUACUGCUUCUACGGGGACCUGGUCAACUACCUGCACAAGAACAGGGAAAACUUCCUCAGCCUGAACCCGGAGAAGAGUAAAAAAGAGCUGGAUAUCUUUGGAAUCAACCCUGCAGACGAGAGCAGCAGGAGUUAUGUGAUCCUGUCCUUCGAGAGCAAAGGAGACUACAUGGACAUGAAGCAGGCCGACAACACUCAAUAUGUCCCCAUGCUGGAGAUGAGCAAUGCCUCCAAGUACUCGGACAUCCAGAGGUCUAACUAUGACCACCCACCCUCUCAGAAAGAGGGCGAGAUGGACGAGCUGCUGUCAGAUGACAUGAACGAGGGCCUCAGCACCACCGAUCUGCUCAGUUUUACCUACCAGGUGGCCAAAGGCAUGGAGUUUCUAGCUUCCAAAAAUUGUGUACAUCGGGACCUCGCCGCCAGGAACGUUCUCCUCUCUCAAGGCAAGAUAGUGAAGAUCUGUGACUUCGGACUGGCCCGAGACAUCAUGCAUGACAACAACUAUGUCUCCAAAGGGAGUACUUUCCUGCCAGUGAAGUGGAUGGCGCCAGAGAGUAUUUUUGACAACAUGUACACCACUCUUAGUGAUGUUUGGUCCUAUGGCAUCCUGCUCUGGGAGAUCUUCUCCCUAGGUGGCACCCCAUACCCGGGGAUGGUGGUGGAUUCGAGCUUCUACAACAAGAUCAAGAGUGGAUACAGGAUGUCCAAACCAGAGCAUGCACCCUCUGACGUGUAUGAGAUGAUGAUGAAGUGCUGGAACAGCGAGCCGGAGAAGAGGCCUUCUUUCAUGGGUCUGAGUGAAACUGUAUCGUCUUUGCUUCCCUCCAGCUACAAGAGGCACUAUGAGAGGGUGAACCACGAGUUCCUGAAGAGCGACCACCCCGCUGUGACUCGGGUGUGCAUGGAAAACGACGACGCCUACAUUGGCAUCACCUACAAAAACCAGGGCAAGCUGAAGGACAGGGAAAGCGGCUUCGACGAGCAGCGGCUGAGCUCUGACAGCGGCUACAUCAUUCCCCUCCCUGACUUGGACCCUAUAUCUGAUGAAGAAUAUGGAAAGAGGAACAGACACGGCUCUCAGACAUCUGAGGAGAGCGCCAUUGAGACGGGCUCCAGCAGCUCCACCUUUGCUAAGCGCGAGGGUGAGACUCUGGAGGACAUCACGCUGCUGGACGAGAUGUGUCUGGACUGUAGCGACCUGGGGGAGGACAGCUUCCUGUGACAACUAUCAAGCUUGUAGAGCAGAAGCAGUGAGGAAAAGGGGGUGUAAGGAGACAGGAAACUAGAGGGAAAAAAACUUGUAAAUCAACCAAAGACUCUGGCUGUCGACCCUCAAUUCUUCCUCCAUUCCUCCUCCUUGACCUGCCGUUCACAAGACAGAACAAAACCACUUCACUGUCUGGAUGCGUCUGUGGUGACAGUAAGGUACACCCUGUCCUUCUCCCUGGACACUGCCCCCUGUUGGGCUGGAGGAGUGAGAGAGCAUUAAUGAAAACCUGACAUCAAGGAAUCAAAGAACCACCGAGCCUGUGUCGGACCUGUCUAGAUAGAAAAAGAUUGUCUUUUUAAUCUGCAGAGCUUUAUUCCAUCGGGCAUUCUUUAAACAGCAAUAUAAGCAAGAAGGGACGAAUUCACCAUGUUGGUCAGCAACUCUAAAUGAACACUACAGGAUGUCGUUCACAUGAUAUAUAUUUAACCACUACAGAUGCACUAAACUAAAUGAGUCCAAUACUAGCAACAGCGCUGGCAGGUAAACUCACUUCACACUCACCUGCUGCAAGAGAAGCACCUGAUGCUGGCACAACCAGUCGCAGUACUCAGAUCUGAAAGCACAAAAUCUGGACUGUGUUUUGUUUAUGACCAUAUAGUGUUUUCAGUGGCGGAAUAAGUGGGGUAAUUCAAGUUUAUUUUUUUACGUCAUCAUUAUGUAAACGUGUUAUUUGUGAAUACCAAGUCGAUGUGGACCAUAGCUGUUUGAAUGGUUAUGAGAAUAGAGCUUUUGAGUUGCAGUGUCUCACCUGUCACCUUUCACCCGAAUGCAACAUAAUGUUCUCAAAUGUCAUCCCUGACGACAUCAGUCAUAUGAAUCAUAUGAGCUUUGAAAAACAAAAUGAAGCAUGAUUGUAUUGUAAAUAGCUCGAGAGUUGUUUUUUAAGAGAGACUUAUUGGGAUAACAGUAUUUCAUGUAAGAACAUAUUAAGCUUCUGCACCCUCACUCGCCCUGCUGGAGCCAAUACACGACAACAAAGGAAAUAUAAUUUCCCUCAAUUGGACUCAAAUAAAAACAUUUGCCGUCAUAGUGGGCAGCAUAGUCUUUGACAAUAUUUGCUGACUAUAAAUAUUCACAUUUUAAUAUAUGAUAUGGAUAGUAAUUUACGUCAAUAACAGGAACAUAAAGGGAUGAAAAUAAAACCCAGUUCAUCAGGUCAGUAUUUGAAAAAAGAACAUUUAAAUGUAUGUGUCUUCCAGUCUCAUAUUUUAUCUGCUGUCCUGAUGUUUAUUAGCAGGUUCUAGUUAUACGAAGACACUAGAUGGACUAGAGAUUCAUGUCGAUCUGAUGUUAUACAUCAGUUAUGUGUAGACUCUUUGUAAUCCUCCGUAUCUUCCAGCUACUGUACCAGCUGUGCCACUGCCUCUGCCUCUUCCUGUUGACUGUGAUAUAAUCUGCAAUCAGUUGUUGCACUUUCCUCUUUUUUUCCCCCAUUUUGUUUUGGAUGUUGCAGAAGAAAAGAAAAGAGAAAAAAAAGUACGACAGAAAGGUCUUGCUUUGGCUUUAGAUGUUUUAAAGCUGUGUGGAUGUGAAUGUUUGUGCCGCAGGUGAGCGAUGUGUCGACGGUACAGUAUCUGUAAUUAUAGGUAAUCACACCCAAUAUGAUGAUUUAAUACUAUGUUUCAUUAUGUUACAUCGUGUACAUUCAGAUGAUUUAUAUUUCAAUAAAUGAUUUAUAAUGUAAAAAAAAAGACAUGU